CCCGGAAGUGGCUGUGUUUUUGGAGAAGGCGGGAGAAGAGUGAUGACGCCGAAGCCGUUGCCAAGACGGCGGCGCUGCCGAGCUAUUAUGGGAUGCGGCGGAAUGGCGCUGGGCGCGUGAUUUUGAACAAACACGGAACCGGGAGAAGGAGAGAAGGCAGAGGAGGAGGAGGAGAGAGCGGAGGCGGGGGAGAGAGGGCUGCGCCUCUGGCCGCGAGGGUUUAACGGCAGCCUGAGGGCCAAGGAAGGCCUGGUGCUCGGAGGAGAAGCCUGACGGGAAACGCGCCCUGGACUGACAGGUGCCUCAUAUCAACUGCAUUACGGGGCAGGAUGGUGCUGUACUAUGAUGCUGCUGGAGGUGGUCUGACGUGGAAUAUAAUUUAAAAGGAUUUCAGUGAAUCAUCUGUGACCUGCCAUCAACACCAACAACAUGGAGGUGGUGUCAGCAGAAGUUAACAGCUUGCUACCUGAAGAAAUCAUGGACACGAGUAUAACCCCGGAAGAUGAUGAGAACAUUGAGGCUGUAAUUGUGGGUGAGAGUAUUCCUAUGGAAAUGGAACUGGAAGGAAUGACAAAUGUAACCUUAGUUGGUGAUUCUACUACGGCUGCUACAUCGUCCCUCGCGACCGAGAUUGUCACGGUUCCCAGCAACUGUGUGAGCCUUGUCACUGGCAAUGCUCCUGUUGCAAAAACCGAAACGGGUGUGAGUGUGCAACCUCCCUUUCAAAGUGGCCUCCAAAAACUGGGUACACAGACACCCGUCACUAUAUCCGCCAAUCAGAUCAUCUUAAACAAGGCAACGGACUUGAAAAUUGGCAAACAGACUAUAAAACAGGAUGGACAAAAGCUCAUUUUAACAACUUUGGGGAAGCCUGGGCAACCAAUUGUUGUCGCUCUGCCCCACAGUCAGCUGUCACAGUCUCAAAAAGCUACGUCACAGGUGCAAACAGGCGACUCAAAGGUCCCUGCACAGCAGUUCAAGGUGGUAACGAUCGGAGGACGGGCAGAGGUGCAGCCUAUCCUUGGCAUGUCAACUUUGACUCCAGGGAGCCAGCUAGUAAAUACUACCACCCAGUCCUCUGUAUUGCAGACACAACAACUUAAAGCAGUGCAGAUUGCUAAGAAAACUAGGACACCAACCUCAGCCCCAGUAAUAACAAAGUUGAUCUUCACAAAACCCAUCAAUAGCAAAGCAGUUACAGGACAGACGACCCAAGUGUCACCGAUCAUUGCAGGUAGAGUUCUUUCUCACACUACUCCGGGGACACCCCCAAAGACUGUAACUAUCUCAGAAAGUGGAGUUAUUGGGACUUCUAUAAGUUCUUCUAUACAGCAGGCACCAAACAAGAUAGCCAUUUCUCCCUUGAAAUCCCCCAACAAGCAGCUAACGGUGGUGUCAGUCGCCUCACAACCUCCAAGCUCCCCACAGAAAACAGUUGGUGUCCCACUAAAUGUUGCCUUGGGGCAGCAGAUUCUGGCCGUGCAGCAUUCCACACCAUCUUCCCCGGGAAAAGCUGUAGCAAACAGUACAUCUGCUCAGGCUGUGAAAUCUGCAGUACAAACCCUGACUGUAGGUGGAGUGAGCACGUCUCAGUUUAAGACCAUAAUUCCUUUGGCAACAGCACCCAACGUCCAGCAGAUUCAGGUACCUGGAAGCAAAUUUCAUUAUGUCCGACUUGUAACUGCCACAACAGCCAGCAGCUCAGCACAACCAGCCACUCAGAACCCCAGCACCAGCACAGCACCCCUUCAGCAAGCUAAGCCAAUGGUGGUGAAUGCAACCCCGGUGCGGAUGUCGGUCCCAAUUGUUCCAGCAACACAGGCAGUGAAACAAGUGGCACCCAAACCAAUUAACACAACUUCACAGAUAGUGACCACAAGCCAGCCCCAGCAAAGACUCAUUAUGCCCGCCACGCCACUGCCACAGAUCCAACCAAACCUCACCAACCUUCCCCCAGGAACUGUCCUGGCCCCAGCUCCUGGUGCAGGAAAUGUGGGAUAUGCAGUUCUCCCGGCUCAAUACGUCACACAGCUGCAGCAGUCAUCCUAUGUAUCCAUAGCAAGCAACGCCAGUCUUAGUGGGACAUCUGGUAUCCAGACCCAAGCCCGACUGCCAUUUAAUGGGGUAAUUUCUUCUGAAUCUGCAAAUCGUCCCAGAAAGCCAUGCAACUGUACAAAAUCACUGUGUCUUAAACUGUAUUGUGAUUGCUUUGCCAAUGGCGAGUUCUGCAACAACUGCAACUGUGCAAAUUGUUACAACAACCUGGAUCAUGAAAAUGAUAGACAAAAAGCAAUCAAGGCCUGCCUUGAUAGAAACCCUGAAGCGUUCAAGCCCAAAAUAGGGAAGGGAAAAGAAGGUGAAUCAGACAGGCGGCAUAGCAAAGGUUGCAACUGUAAGCGGUCUGGAUGCCUCAAAAACUAUUGUGAAUGUUAUGAGGCGAAGAUUAUGUGUUCUUCAAUCUGCAAAUGCAUUGGCUGCAAGAACUUUGAGGAAAGUCCAGAGCGGAAGACAUUGAUGCAUUUAGCCGACGCUGCAGAAGUACGAGUCCAGCAACAAACUGCUGCAAAAACAAAGCUAUCCUCGCAGAUUUCAGACCUGCUGACAAGGCCAGCACCAGUACUCACCAGUGGUGGGGGAAGGUUGCCCUUUACCUUUGUGACGAAGGAGGUUGCCGAUGCGACGUGUGACUGCUUACUUGCGCAGGCGGAGCAGGCAGAGAAGGCGGGCAAGUCAAAGGCGGCAGCAGAACGGAUUAUUCUGGAGGAGUUUGGGCGUUGCCUGAUGAGGAUCAUUAACUCAGCAGGGAAGUCUAAAAGUGACCCUUGUGCCAUGAACUGCUGACUCUUGAAAAGGAGCUGAAGUCUAAACAGGACACUAAAAGGCACGUGGACACUUUGUUCUCAGCAGCCGUCUUCAUUCUUAACUCGGUGCUGCUUGGUUUUCGUUGGCGUAUGUUGAUAUAGAGCUUUGUAAUGACGAGUACCAUUGUAGCUUAACUUUCUUCUACUUAACAUCUGCAAUGUGUAUAUUUUUUUUCCCUCUGCAAUGUGUAUAUAUUUUUUCCUCGCCCUCUAAACUAUACAGGACUGUGCAGAGUUGCGAAGGCUUCCCCCCUCUUUUGCUGUUAACUCUUUAACUUAUUAUUUGACAUGUAUAGUAUUCAAUUUUGUAUAGAGGGAGGGGGGACAGACACUGCCAAGUCUAUUAGAAACACCUCUUGGGCACACUUGCUUUGAAACGACCGGUGAAUCUUGGAGACAUGUUGCUAGUGUCUUCACUCAGCAACACAAGAGCACAUUGAUAGUCCCUGGACAAGUUGGUGGUGAACAAAAGUAAAUAGAAAGAAAUAUUUGUAGAAAAGCGACUUAGAAAGAGAUGCAAAUCUGCCUUGUUGGUUGCAGUUCUGACUUCAGUGGAAGACUUAAGAGUAGCACAUUAAUGUAGCUCGCUUUGGAAAUAUAUACAGAUAUAUGAAAAUCAAGGUCAAAAGGUGUGUCCUAUCUUCAGAUUGCCGUAAAACAUUUUUGGUAAUUUUUUUAAAAAAGUAAUAUAUCACUGUAGUACACAGUCCAAAUUUUAAUAAACUGCAUUCAUUUGGUUUUGGACAAAUUUUAAUGUAACUAAGAGAAUUUUUAACAUGACUCAAAACACCCUUCAGCCCUCUGAAGGACCGGAGGCAAAUUUAUCUUGAUCCUAGCCACCAUUCAGGAAACAAAUUCUGUGUAAGUUCCUGAUCAUCCACAUAUGUUCUAUUAUGGCAGUAUGACUCCAGUUACAGUAACAGUACUGUAUAUCAUCUUAAAAUUGUCUUUAUGUACUUCCAAUGCAUAAUUACCUCUAACUACUGACUGGGAUGAAACUGAUAGUUUGCCCACUAAGUGUCAGUCUUCUCUUCUAAAUUAGAUUCCAUAUUAAGCUCAUUUUGAAAGGAGGCCAUCCAAUUUAUGGCAUUGAAGGGAUCUCCUUUGUACACUAAAAGUGACUUGUAGGAUCGUAAAAUCAGUGGGAAUGCAUUAACAUGAGUCAAGGAUUGUUUUCAUGCGUAUCUUAAUGCUGUUGGGGGCGCGGUUCUCUAAGGAUGAGAUGUGCAUUUGUAUCUGUAAUAGUUAUGUAUAGAUUUGGCUAGAAUAAAAACACAGAUCAUUAGAUGGUACUAGUCCAUCCUAGUUCAUUCGAGACCGUGGAUUUCUGUGUACUUAAAGAGCAUUUGUUGGAUUGUGAUAAUGUGACCGUGGAUUUGUCUGUUUACAAAUUACCUAAAACCACAUCUUCUCAAAUAGCAGGAAGAGAUCUAUCAUAGAAAUGUGGGUGUUUCAGGCUUUUUAACAGAGAGCAAAGUCCUAGGAAGAAUUCACCCAAGUUGCUCAAAUUAUCUGUACUCAAACUAACCACAAGCCAUGUGUACUUUUGAUAUGCUUCAAUUCGACUGAUACUUUAGAAUAUAAUGAAGUAGUGCAGUAUGUUAGCUUUGCACUGUAUUUUAAAAAAACUAGACCUAAAGAUUACUUGGUGAAAAUAGAAAAAAGGAUUAAAUUGCAUUUUUUGAAUGGAGAUGCUUAGAAGCGAGAAUAUUUGUGACAAAUGCUAUUAAAAUGUUAUAAACACAACUGCAUGCUUUUCUAGCAUGGCAAAGUAUUCAACACAUUUGGUUUUAAAUUCUGUGUUUGAAUUGCAAAGCACUUCCUCGCCAUCUUAAUAUGCUCUGUAAUUAUUAUGCUGCAAUUCUUUAAAAGGGACUUUUUCACAAUACAACUGUACAUAUGUAUUCUAUUAUGUACCUGUGCAUGCAUUGCACAAUAAUGACUCACACACACAACUCCCGAAAAGGAAGAUGUCCAUUUUUGCAGAAUGUUUAGCAAGUAGUGCUCUUCAUUAGAAAAAAAAUGUGCUAUCUUUCAGAGAACAUGGUGAGAACUCGCCUUUUGCUAAUUACAUAAGCAUCUGUAAGAUGAGAGAUUUGUAUAAAUGUAAAUUAGUGUAAGUGGAUAAAGUAAUAUUUGAUCAAGUUAUUUUUUAAAAGAAUAUGCAUCCUUUGGACUAGAAUUAAAUUGGUGUUUAAUUUUGUACAUAGUCUGUCUUAUUUGAACUUAUUUGCACCUUUUUUGUGAUGUGUAACUAUUUAUAUAAGUGUGUGAAGUUGGGAUUCCAGUUGUAGAUUAUGUAUGAUGGGAACUAUGUGUAAAAGAUUUGAAAAAAAAGGUGCAAUCAAAGAUCUAGUUUUCUGUCUCUUAAAACAGGCUCUGUCUUGUACUUAGCUCGGUUCUUCCCUUCUUUCACCUCAUGUGGGUUUGGUGUUGGGGUUUUUAACAAAAUUAAAACUAAAAGCUUAGUCCUUUGUAUUAAAUUGCUCAAUAAGCUGGUAAAAAUAGUCAACUUCUCAGGAGAUACAGGGAGAAAAGGUAUGGAGGAGCACACCUGCAGCACGAUUGUCUCCACUUCUUUGGAAUUUUGCAGUAUUCUGCCGAAGCCCCUGUGGAAACGACUGGCAGGUGCUGAGGCUGAAACUUUUUGUAUCAUAUUUAAUGUCAGCAGAUUUUGAAAGGGGAGCAGUAUUGGGGAUUUAUUUUCUAGUUCCGGUUUACAUCUAAAUAAAGUUAAAUUUAUAUUUACUAGACUAUUCAAAGAGGACACUUUUUCUAUAUUGUAAAAAGAGAACAAAUGUCAGAUAAAUCACAAGGAAAAAUAAAAUGUUUAUACUAUUA